AUGUCGUACCCCCCACAAGAAGGAUAUUACCCACCUCCUCCCGGAGGACAGUACCCGCCUCAACCUCCGCCGAUGCAAUACCAGCCACCGCCGCCCCAGGAAUCGCAGAGCAAGGACCGUGGUUGUCUUACCGCAUGGUCAGUAUCUACCCGACGUGAAGAAGAAGAAGAAGAAGAAGAAGAAGAAGAAGAAGAAGAAGAAGAAAAAGGAUGGGACUGA